UCUAUCAGUCGCUUCGCGGCCGCCGCUGGGAGAGGUUCGCUCGUGCCGUUUAAUUCGCGACGCGCCUCUGCUUUCGUCACGUCGUCGAGUCCCUGUGAAAAGUCGAAUCGAGCGUUUUCUCUGUCUUCUGCUCUCUGUCUCCCGAUCAACAAAAUCGACCGGUCGUCGAUCAUCCCCUCGCAGUUUCGUCGACGAGAGGCAGACGGAAUCGCGGAGAGAGGAGAGCAGAGGAGAAGCAGAUAGCGUUUUCGAAGGCACGCGCUCGCGAGCGCGUCGUCCUUCCCGAACUCCGCGCGCGCCGUCCAGGUAAACAACGACGGGGAGUGCAGUGUGCCAGUGUGGUGACGCGCGUCGGUGUUAACGCUCGCUCGACGACGUCGCCGUUCGACGAGUAGUAGGCUAAGAGGAGCGGCGGCGCAAACAGGCCGUAACAAGCGUGGCCGGAGACGCGAGUCGGUGCAGCGAAAAAAUCUCGGCCGGCGUUUUUCCGCCACGGGAGGAGGCACCGUCACGACCACGACGACGACAAGGUCCGCGACGCGAGGCGGGGGCGGUUUUUCCUGCCUUACCGACCGAAAAAAGGGCACGCCGCGGCGUCGCCAACACAAAGAGACACGACGGCGAGACCGUUGCUGCUGCGUCCUCGCCGAAUGAGCGCAACGGCCACCAGCUCCGCGUGACCCGACUCUAGACCGAGAGGAGAGCUCACGCGUUUACAUACGAGCGUGACCCGAUGAAGCGGUAGUGCGGCGAAUGGAGUGGAGACCUCCGAUGGAUUGUCGCCGAGGAGGAAAUCAGGCGUGGAUGAGCAUUCCGAUCGUUGCGUUGCACCGGGACGUACAUCGCCGUACGACGCGCCAUCGCCGUGAGUGCCGAUCGGCUUCGUAGCGACCCCAUCACCGUGCUAACCUCCGCUCCUUCUGUUAUCGGUUGUUGCUAUUGUGUUUUAUAUUGUUAUUGUUGGUUAUUGAGGAGAGCCUACGUACAACUCGCGCCGGUAUCGCUUAGUGCCGCGUGAUAUGAGGCGUUCGCGUUGAAAAAAUAGUGAGUGUAUCUCGAUACAGUGAUAUACACACACCACAUACUUACACACGACGUAUACAUAUUGGAUUUCUUCUCUCCUGAACGCGCCAGUCGGCAAGCCACGGAGGAAGGAUGUAUCCCAGCGCCGGAAUCAACGCAGCCGCCGUGGCCGCCGCCGCUGCCAGGCAUCCUGGUCCGCCACAGCCUGGGCAGGGCUUCAAAUUCUCGAUCAACGACUCCUGUGAUCGUAUCAAAGAGGAGUUCAACUUUCUGCAGGCCCAGUACCACAGUAUUAAGUUGGAGCUGGAGAAACUCGCCCAGGAGAAGACGGAGAUGCAGCGCCACUACGUCAUGUAUUACGAGAUGUCGUACGGGCUCAACGUGGAGAUGCACAAGCAGACGGAGAUAGCGAAGAGGUUGAACGCCAUCAUCGCCCAGAUCCUGCCGUUUCUCUCGCAGGAGCAUCAGCAGCAGGUCGCAACUGCGGUCGACAGGGCCAAACAAGUGACCAUGACCGAGCUGAACGCUAUUAUCGGGCAACAAAGGCCGGACCUGCCGAGACUCAUACAACAGAUGCACGCCCAACAAUUGCCGCCGGGUGCGGCGAUGGGACCGCAUCCGGGUAUACCCGGACUUCCCGGACUGGGUCCUGGCGCGGGUAUACCGGUCCCCACCUCGGCGUCCGCGGCUUUGCUCGGCCUGGGUCUCCCACCAGGAGCUGCCGCUACACCAGGAGGAACCGCCGCACAUCCUCUCUCGAUGCUGACGAAACCGGACCUGCACCGCGGCCAGCCUGACGACCUCAAGUCCAAUGGCGGUCUCAAUCCAGCCGAGGAGAGGCAUAGGAACUCGAUAUCGCCGGCCGAACGUGAGAAGUACAACAGGCCCCGCAGCACGCCCGAUCCGCAGCACCACGAGCACCUGCACCUCAAGAAGAUGAAGAAGGAACAGGACAAGGACAUUGGCCAUCAAAGCGACGGUGAAAAGAGCGACCAGGACCUGGUGGUGGACGACGCGAGCGAGGGCCCGACCAGUCCGGCGGCGAACGGCACCUCCUCACCGCGGGAGAACGGCCUCGACAAGCUCGGGCCUUCUUCGGUACCCCUGAGCGGCCAGGUGAAGAAGGAAGUGCCGCCGCCGUCACCCAGGAGCGGCACUAGCAGCAACGCUAGUACCCCUUCGGCGAAGAAGAUGGAGGAGCGCGAGAAACCGACCACACCGAUCUCAAAGCCAGUCACACCGACGUCUGCCGGUGGCAGUAGCUCCGGCUCGGGCGGCCUGAAGCCAUCGAGUUCCAGCAAACCGCUGGUCUCAGCCUCCGUGGUCGGUCCUUAUCCGCCGCAUUAUCCACCGCACCACCCGCCAGCGGGUCCCCAUGUGGACAUGCUAGGCUAUCCUCCGGGGACGCUCAACGGCUACCCGGCGAGACCGCCACUUCAGCAGCUCUACGACCCCCACGCCAGCAUGAGAGCGCCUCUCGGGCCGCUCGGUGUUCCGGGUGGCAAACCAGCGUACAGUUUCCACGUGUCUAGCGAAGGUCAGAUGCAGCCGGUGCCUUUUCCACCCGACGCUCUAGCGGCUCCCGGGAUACCGCGUCAUGCGCGUCAGAUAAACACGCUCACCCACGGGGAAGUGGUCUGCGCAGUGACGAUCUCGAACCCGACCAAGUAUGUUUAUACCGGCGGCAAGGGAUGCGUCAAGGUGUGGGACAUCAGCCAGGGCGGCAGCGGCAGCGCGAAGCCCGUUUCGCAGCUGGAUUGCCUGCAACGGGACAACUACAUUAGGUCGGUGAAGCUUUUGCCGGACGGACGGACCCUGAUAGUCGGCGGCGAGGCGAGUAACCUCAGCAUCUGGGACCUGGCCAGUCCGACUCCGAGGAUCAAGGCGGAACUGACGUCGUCGGCGCCGGCCUGUUACGCUCUCGCGAUCUCGCCGGACUCCAAGGUCUGCUUCAGCUGUUGCAGCGACGGCAACAUCGCCGUCUGGGACUUGCAGAAUCAGACUUUGGUGCGCCAGUUCCAAGGGCACACGGACGGCGCCUCCUGCAUCGACAUCUCCGCCGACGGCUCGAAGUUGUGGACCGGCGGUCUCGACAACACCGUGCGCUCGUGGGACCUGCGGGAGGGCAGGCAGCUGCAGCAGCACGACUUCACCUCGCAGAUAUUCUCGUUAGGCUACUGCCCCACCGGCGAGUGGCUGGCGGUCGGUAUGGAGAACUCGAACGUAGAAGUGCUCCACGCUACCAAGCCCGACAAAUAUCAGCUGCACCUGCACGAAUCCUGCGUGCUCUCGCUGCGCUUCGCCUCCUGCGGCAAGUGGUUCGUCUCCACCGGCAAGGACAACCUGCUGAACGCGUGGCGCACGCCGUACGGCGCCUCGAUAUUCCAGUCGAAAGAGUCAUCGUCGGUGUUGAGCUGCGACAUUUCCACCGACGACAAAUACAUCGUGACAGGAUCCGGCGACAAGAAAGCCACCGUUUACGAAGUGAUAUAUUGAGCCAUCGAUUCGGCGGUGUACUCGAAUACUCGUGCAACGUCGACCGUAUCAAGUUUUUUCUGACUCACUUAUGUGUGACUGACUCGCAAGCUGAGUGAAAUCGAAAGGGAUGCAAAUUUGGCCCUUUCUCGCGAAUCUCCGACGAUGGAAGAGGAUGCGGACACAACGGGACUCAACGGUCGCCAUAGGCCCGAGAGAGACGAGGACAGCCGAGACGAAUCUCUCUCGCGCGCGCGCUUCUGCAACGCGCGGGAGUCCCGAAUUAGUGUGAAUCGCGAAAAUAUAAAUAUAUUUGAAAGCAGAGCAGAAGAAUGUAUGACACGGAACGUGUUAGCUGCGUAAGAUUGUAUAGAGUCUAUGAUCGCGCGUGUGUAAGUAGAACGAGAAACACGAAUGGGAUCACGAUGAUAGAGAAAAAGAAUGAAAGAGAGAGAGAGAGAGAGAGAGAGAGAGAGAGAGCGAGAGAAUUAGAGUUAGAGAGAGAAAGAGAGAGGCAUGUGUGAGGUCGCACCUCCCGGACUGUAUUAUCGCGUGGGAGGUUGACACGAGGUCGCUUGUGUAAUAUGUUAUAUAGAAUCUUCGCGAUUGUAGAUUUGCGUGCGAUUGCAUGCGCGGAGGAAGAGAAGACGGAGUGUUUCGACGAGUCGAGUGCGUGCAUUUUCGUCGCGGGCGCCGAGCGCAUGGUCGUCGUCGAUCGACGAUGCGGAACGAACGGCGCCCCGACGGAAAUAUCUGAACACGUGUGUGGAACGCUGAUGUUCUAGUGUCGUAGACUUGUCAAAGUAGGGAUGUAUGUUGUGUCGCAGAAUUAUACAUAAUAUAUUGAGCACACACGGAAAGAAAGACAUCCACACGAACACACAUAUACAUACGUACAUACACAUAAUUGACACACAUUACACCACAGGUACACGUAGAACCGUCGUUUACCGUCAGAUAGCGACGGUAAAACUAGGGCUAUGAAGAAACCGAUAAGCAUCGAUCACGCUGGACGAAAAAGCCGACGUAAAAAUGGUGAUCUUUGACAUUUCUACCACCGACAAGAGGAGCAUAUAAUUUGUACUUAUCGCUUUGAUUUUUAAUUACGAUUCUUUCAUAAUUAUAUAUACAUAUAUAUAUAUAAAUAUAUAUAUGGCACUGUUGCGUCUGCCGUUAAGACUUUAUUGUAAUUGAGAUUUUAUAAACUGGUCGCGCGCGGAGAUAAGGGGAGAAAGACACAGAGAUUGCGAGACGGGACAGUGAUAAACGCGAGGGGAAAGAGAGAGAGAGAGAGAGAGAGAGAGAGAGAGAGAGAAUGAGAAUGCUCUCCGGUCUUGCGUGUUUUGAUCGAGAUUGACAUGCGAGUAAUUAGGGAAAACUGGCUUUCAUACGCCCGUUACGAGCGGUAUAACAAAACGAGAUCGGUAAUAAAUAAUCUUGACGAGUAGAGAAAGAGCGAGGAGGAGAGAAAGAGAGGGAGCUCUACGCGGUUGUGCGCGGAAACUUACUGCGCCGCGGCUUCUUUCUUGAUAUACAUAACACAGUGUACAUCGUCUGCGAGUACUCGACUGCCAUAAUAGGCAUACAUUACUACGCACACGCAUACGCGUAAUAAACACGCGAGCGGACCACGUACGUGGGCGGAUUUUGCAGAAUAUUCAAUAAAGUAUUUUUGUGACUACUCA